GUGUUUACAUCAAGAUAAUAAUCCUAAACAUACUAGCAAUAUUUCCGAACAAUUCAUCAACAACAAAGUACCACGGUUACUAGAGUGGUCAUCCAAUAGUCCAGAUGUUAAUCCAAUCGAGAAUGUAUGGUCGAUCGUAAAACGCAAAGUUGAAAAAAGAAAACCGAAAAAUAUUGAUGAACUCGAACUUUUUUUAUGUGAAGAAUUUAAAAAUGUUGAUGUUAAUUUUGUAAUGAAUUUUGUGAUGUCGACGAAAAAACGAUAAAAUAUGAAUUCAGACGACGCUGUUUUUAGUGGAUUUGCUGGUGGACAUGAUUCAGUUCCUGGUGUAGGAAAUGUUCCUCCAUCAACAGGUGGUUUUGAAGGAAUCAAUACAUCUGGAAAUCCUCAGUUAGAUGCUCAUACUCGUGUUGAUCCAAAUAAUUUUCCCGGUAUAGUCCAUUGGGGUCAAGAACAGGUUGUUGCACGUACACUACCUCAACACCCUCCAGUUGAUAAAUAA